AUGGCCACUACAACUGAAACCAAGGAAUCCCUACUAUUCACACCGAUAACACUGCGUGGGGUAACCUUAAAAAACCGUAUAUGCGUGGCGCCAAUGUGCCAGUACUCGGCCACUGGCCGGGACGGUGUGGCCACCGAUUGGCAUAUGGUGAGCACCGGUGCCUACGCCCAGGGCGGCGCCGGUCUAGUGAUGUUGGAGGCCACGGCGGUGGAGGCCAGGGGUCGGAUAUCGCCCGGCUGUCUGGGCCUGUGGCAGGAUGACCAGAUCGAGCCGCUGGCCCGAAUCGCCCGGUUUAUCAAAGGCCAAGGAUCGGUGCCGGCCAUACAACUAGCCCAUGCAGGUCGUAAGGCUAGUACAGUUGUGCCGUGGGAUGGCCAUCAUAGUUUGCCGGACUCGGAGGGCGGGUGGCCAACGAUUGGCCCCUCGGCCCUGGCUUUUGGCACACCGGUAUGGAAAGUGCCCAAAGAGGCCACUAUUGAUGAUAUUAAUAAAAUUAAGGAGGCGUGGGUUGGGGCCGCUAUUCGGGCCGUUAAGGCCGGCUUUGAGCUAAUUGAGCUACACUUCGCCCAUGGUUACCUGGUCAGCACAUUCCUGUCACCGGUGAGUAACCAACGCCGUGACAAAUACGGCGGGAGUUACGAAAACCGGGUGCGACUCGCGCUAGAAAUAGCCGGCGCCGUACGCCAGGCCCUACCGGACACCGUAGCGCUCGGCGUACGCGUAUCGGUCGCGGACUACGAGCCCAGGGGCUGGGACUUGGCUCAGACCAUACAACUGGCCCGUGAGCUCAAAGCGCUGGGCGUAGACUUUCUCGACUGUAGCUCCGGGGGUGUCAGUCGGGACAUUGACUACAACGCGCUAAACACACCGGACACUCAGAUCGAGGCGGCGGGUCGUGUGCUCCGGGAGACGGGACUCCCUACCGGAGCUGUAGGUAAAAUUGUCGACCCCCAUCACGCUGAAAAUAUACUACGUUCGGGUGGUGCCAGCUUAAUAUUUAUUGGCCGGGCAUUCCUGGACAACCCUCACUGGCCCUUUGUGGCGGCCGACGCCCUGGCCACCCAUGAUACUUUUCAGUACCCACCGCAGUAUGACUGGUGUAUCGGAUGGAAAGGGUUUUUCAAGUGGCGCCAGGAGGCUAAACAGGGGGUUAGGCAACCCCUGCUGGGUAUGAGUAUAGCGCAAGUGUUGCCU